AUGCCUCCGUUUUUCUUAUUCAAUCUUUCUUAUUCAAUCUUUCUCAUGAUCUUUCUCAUUCGAUCUUUCUUAUUCAAUCUUAAUCACCCGAUCUUUCUCAUUCGAUCUUUUCAAUCUCUCUUGAUUUUUCUCAUCCUUUCUUAUUCAAACUUUCUCACCCGAACUUUCUCAUUUCAAUCUUUCUUAUUCAAUCUUUCUCACCCGAUCUUUCUCAUCCAAUCUUUCUAUUCAAUUAUUCAAUCUUUCUUAAUCACCCAUCUUUCUCAUUUCGUUCUUCAAUCUUAUUCAAUCUUUCUCGCCCGAUCUUUUCUCAUUCAAUCUUUCUUAUUCAAUCUUAAUCACCUUAUUCAAUCUUUCUCGCGAUUUUUUCUCAUCCUCCAAUCUUUCUUCGAAAUCUUUCGAUCUUUCUCAUCAAUCUUUCUCUUGAACUUUCUUUCUUAUUCAAUCUUUCUCCUUGAUCUUUCUCAUUCGAUCUUUUAUUCAAUCUUUCUUAUUCAAUCGUUUAAUCACCCGAUCUUUCUCAUCGAUCUUUCUUAUUCAAUCUUUCAAUCUUUCUCGCCCGAUCUUUCUCAUUCAAUCUUUCUUAUUCAAUCUUUCUCGCCGAUCUUUCUCAUCCGAUCUUUCUUAUUCAAUCUUUCUCACCCCGAUCAUUUCUCAUCCAAUCUUUCUUAUUCAAUCUUUCACCCGAUCUUUCUCAUUUCCGAUCCCGAUCUUUCUCAUUUCUCAUCCGAUCUUUCUUAUUCAAUCUUUCUGGCCCGAUCUUUCUCAUCCGAUCUUUCUUAUUCAAUCUUUCUCUUGAUCUUUCUCAUCCUAUCUUUCUUAUUCAAUCUUUCUCACCUUGAUCUUUCUCAUUUCCGAUCUUUUCUUAUUCAAUCUUUCUCGAUCUUUCUCAUCGAGUCUUUCUUAUUCAAUCUUUCUCCUUCGAUCUUUCUCAUUCAAUCUUUCUUAUUCAAUCUUAAUCUUGAUCUUUCUCAUCCGAUCUUUCUUAUUCAAUCUUUCUCGCCCGAUCUUUCUCAUCUGAUCUUUCUUAUUCAAUCUUUCUCACCCGAUCUUUCUCAUCCAAUCUUUCUUUCUUCAAUCUUUCUCAAUCUUUCUUGA